AUGUCCUCCUUGGCAGCGGACACUGGUGCAAUAGAAGAUAUUAAACGAACAGUUCUGGAUAGACUCAAUGGCCGUGUAUGUCCUCCAUUUGGGAAAAAAGCAAAAUUUGAAGUUGAGACAAUACAAACUAGGUCACUGAUCUACGGAUGUGCCUAUAUGGGAAACGAAAGUCUACCCAUGUUCCAUUUGUGGUUGGAGCGUCCCGAGCAAACAUCUUUACGCGGAAAUUGCGACAACACGCAGAAUAUGGAGCACUUCAUGUUCGAGUGUUUGUCGAAACAUGACAGGCCGACUAAUAAGGACGAAUCGGAAAUGGACUGGCAUUAUAUAUCAUUACUGGAACAUACUGCAGAGUCAAUGCAACAUAAAACCAAAAAACGAUCCUACAGAUGUGCCUUGUACGAUGUGCACGAUGAAGACGAUAGGCAGUUAAGGAUAAUCCGGAUGGUGAUUAGCAAGCCGGUAAUAGGUGAGCAUUUUCAUGUACGCCAGUGCAACGGCCUAUCUGAUCUUCUGGCACAGGAUGAACUGCCAGUCAUCCCUGAGGGAUAUCGAUAUUGGCCCGACGGGUCUUUGUAUAUAUACUUGUUAGGUAGAAAAGCUAAAAUAUUUAACAACGGUACAAAAUACCCAGAAUUAUCGUUUACUGGUCGUCCCACUACUACGACCAAUAGUCCAUCAACAACGACCAGUAGGCCUUCAACAACGGCCAGUAUGCCUUCAACAACGACCAGUCUGCCAUCAACAAGAACUACCACCAAACGUCCCACAACCACAGAAAAACCUAAUCAUCCUUCUUGGUUUUUUUUCCCAAAUUACUAUUUAUAUUAUAUUUAG